UGUGAGGAGGGGUCCUGUGGUCUGAGAUAGCAUGACAGGAGCAGGAGGGGUCUAUGCACCGCUAUUUUUUAUUUUGAGAUAAGAUCUCACUGUUGUUAGGUCGUUCAGUCUCAUAUCUUGAACUGGAGAUCCUCCUGCCUCAGCCUCCCAGAAUUCUGCCACUGACCGUUAGGGUCACAAGGGCGAAACCAUUCAAUAGCAUUAAGCAUACUGACCUGCUUGUGCUACUGUCACCAGUCUCCACCUCCAGAACGUCUUCACCUUCUUAAACGACAGCCUGACCCCUCAGCAUAGCCAGCCCCACUCUCGAAGCCAUGGCAGAGGGUCCCAGACAGCGGAUCUGCUCUGGCUUCAUUUCCCGAGGUGGAUUUGGGGACGGGGAUGUGAGCGGGACAGGCCACAGCCCCGCUGCAUGGGGGACCAACCGUAAACAGAGAGAUUCAUGCUGGGUGUGGUGGGGCUGCCUGUCCCCAUCGCACUCUGGGAGGCUGAGACAGGAGGGUUACAAACUCAAGCCCAGACUGAGCAGUUGAGUAAUCUUACAAAAACCCUGAUUCAAAAUAAAAAAGGGCUGAGACUGUGGCUCAGUACAGAGGCCCUGGGUUCCAUCACUAGAGACAGACAAGACAGACAGGCAGCGCAGAUUCCAUGAAAACCUCGGAGCUGCCCUUGAACCAGCCCCGGGUGUGUUGGGUUUGUUCUGCCCUGGCGCCGUGGCCCCCUCUGCUCUGCACCCGGGUGCCUGGUUGUGUGUAGCUAUCCUUGCCUGUGUGUGUGUCACAGCCACAUGUGUGUACGCGCAUGCGCACGUCUACCUGACAGCCGGGCGCGUGCGCCGAGUCUGGCUUUAUCCCGUUAGGGCCUUUAAUCCUCUAAAACCUGAGCAGCCACAAAACGCAUGAGAGACUGAGCCCGGAGAAGGGGUCAUGGCCAGCGUGAUAACCCUGGGUGCAAGCAGCCUGUAAUCUCGCACGUGGGAGGCUGAGGCAGGAGGAUUCCCCUGAGUUUGAGGCCAGCCUAAACUAACAGUGACAUGCUGUCUCAAAAAACCAAACCCAAUCAGUCAAUCCGGCAUGAAGCUAAUAAAAACCCACUAUACUUGAAUAUUUAGAACUCAGUGGGAGCCAGGUAUGGUAGCUCACCUGUCACCCAGCAUUUUAAAAUUACCUUUCUUUUUUUUACAUAGGGUCUUGCUUUUCAGAGACAAGCUGGCCUUGAACUCACUAGUCCAGCCUGACCUCAAAGUCGCAGAGAUCCUCCUGCCUCAGCCUCCCAAGUGCUGGGAUUACAAACAUGCACCACCAUGCCCGGCCCCACCCCAAGAUUCUUUUUUUUUUCACCCCAAUAUUGUUGAAGGCUGAGGCGGAAGGAUCACAAGUUCACACCCAACCUGGGCAAUUUAGUGACUUAUCAAGCCCCUGUCUUAAAAACUACAAAUGGGCUGGGGAGGUAGCUCUGUGCAAAGGCCCUGUGUUCUUACCUGGGUACCUCUUCAGGGGAAGACAGGAAUAGCAGGAGGGGCCCUUGGAGGCUGAGUUUAGCUUCCCGGGGUGGGAAACUGUCUGGAGACUCAGCUUUAGGCCCCAAGAGCACUUGUUUAAAAAAAAGAUCACUUCAAUUAACAAAAGGAAACAGAACGCGCCUGGCAUUCCAAACAAGGAGAUUUUUUCUUUUCUGUUAGCAUUGUGGUUCAUCUCAGUGAAAUUCCUGCUCCUCCUGGUAAAUGGCAUCUCUUGCUCAGAGCGCCGUCCCCCUUCCCCCGGGAAGGUUCCUUGAGGCUUUGACCCCUGAAUUCUGGAUCAGGGAGGGAAUGGCCCCCAGAAACCAGAAAGCACAGGUGAGGAAAAAAACCGGUUUCAAAUUCCGAGAAGGGGCCGGCGGCGGUUGCCAGGAAGCAGUGGUGCAAUCCUGCUGCCCGCUGCUGCCCGGCUGGGCUGUGACCCUGAGAGGAACCGGACCACGGUGGAGCGGGCACUUCCUCUCUCUCGGCUGGAACCACACCCCUGGCCAGGCGGGUACAAGACCACGGGCCCCAGGCCCAAGGAGUCCCGGAGGAGCAAGAGGCCAGCCACCAUGUCCUGCCAGAACAGAGGGCAGCAGCAGAGACCAGGGGGCCUCAACUCCCGUCUUUCAAGAAUCCUGUUCCGGCUACUGCUGUGUGUGGCCUCAGCCCAGGGCAGCUUCCCCAGCUCCCUGACCCCCAGGUCAGAAGAGUGCCUGACCUACCAGUCGGUCAACAGCAGCUCUGUGGUCUGCUUCUCACCGGCCACAUUCCCCAGCCUCCUCCCCAAUGACACCACGCUUCUGGCUGUGGAGUUUUCCAACCUGACCCAGCUGCCGGCCGAAGCCCUGCGCGGGGUCCCCUGCCUCCGGGAGCUGCACCUCUCCAGCAACCGGCUGGAGGAGCUGCCGGCCAAGCUCCUGGCGCCGGUGCCCGGCCUAAAGGUGCUGGAUCUCACCCACAACGCGGUCACUCAGCUGCCUCCGGGCCUCUUCCGGGGCUCGGCUGCCCUGGACACUCUGGUGCUGAGGCAGAACAGGUUGGAGACCGUGCGGGUCUCCUGGCUGCGCGGCCUGAAAGCUCUGAGCUUCCUGGAUCUGUCUGCAAACCGCCUCCGGUCGCUGGGCCCCGGGCUGCUGGCCCACCUCACCGGCCUGCGCCACCUGCACCUCGGGGACAACCAGCUGGAGGUCCUGCCGCCUGACCUCCUGCGGGGCCCGCUGGACCUGGAACGGCUGCACCUGGAAGGGAACCGACUGCAGGUGCUCGAGGAGGACCUGCUGUCACCCCAACCCGGCCUGCGUUACCUUUUCCUCGGCAACAACUGGCUGACCACGGUGGCGGCCGGCGCCUUCCGAGGCCUGAGGCGGCUGGACCUGUUGGACCUGUCCAAUAAUCAGCUGAGCACCGUACCCAGGGGACUGUGGGCACCGCUGGGAAAGCCCGCCCGGGACAUGCUGCACGGCUUUGACCUCUCUGGCAACCCCUGGGUCUGUGACGGGGACCUGGAAGACCUGUGUCGCUGGCUGGCAGCCAACAGUCACAUGAUGUUCUUCCUGAACGAGACCCGCUGUGCUGGCCCCGAGGCCCUGAAGGGCCAGACGCUGCUGGCCGUGGCAGGCGUCCAGUGAGGUGCUGGGCCAGGAGAACCGGGCCACCCGCUUUGUGUGAGGGAGACGCCGGGGUCCCCGGAGCUACCGGGACCCAUUUCAGCCCCGCUCCCCCAAUUCCUCGGUGCACUUCUGGGCUUUCUUGCCUUUGGUCACGCUGUGCCCUUGACCUCCAGUGCUGCCCCCUAUUUCCAGGAUCCCGUGGUCUCUGCCUGUCCCCUCGGCCCCUGUCCCCCUCUCUGGCCAAACCCCGGCCACACUGGAGUUUCUGCCUCAGCUUCCCUCAGCUUUGGGGGUUCCUGAAUCCCAGGCCUGAGGCCCAACCCGGGGGAGCCAGAGUCACCCGCUGAGUUAAUAGAGUUAAUAAAUAACCGUUGAGCGCAGUGGGAGAAAACCA